GCAGACUGAGGUGUGGAUGAGAGGGCGGUGAAGGUCUGAACACGUCUAUCGAGUCGUACUGCUCAAGUGCAAGGCACAAGUCAUAGGCAUCAAAUCAAAGUCAAGUUGCAAGGAUUUUCUUUUUACCAAGUCAAGUCUCAAGUUACAAAAAUGUGACUCGAGUCCACAUCUCUGCUUCGUAGGGUCUGACUUGUCAGGUUUUACAAUCUUUGUAGGGUAAGACUUAUCAAGGUUUACCAUGUGUGGCGUAUUUUGUUCCAUGAAGUAAGCUGUCUCUGUCACCCGGGGACUUGUGGUGGUACAACUUCACUGCAUCUCUCCUCUGCAGUAGACACGCCCCGCCCAGUCUGUCAGAGAUAGAGAGAGGGAUGAAGAGAGAGUAGAGAGAGACAGAUCUCAGGUACAGUCGCGCACCGCAGAGGACAGAAAGAGAGGUAUUUUUGCAGCCUACAUCCCAGAGCGAGGCUGCAGUAGAGAUAAGGAUUGAGCUGACGUAUUACCGACAGACAGAGACGGAAAGAAACAGGAAAAUGAACCGGUUCGUGUCGUUGGUGUUGCUGGGGACCCUGGCGGCCCUGUCCGUUACCGGGCCCAUUAGCGCAGCUGAGGAAGGGGAGAUUUCAUUCGAGUACCACCGGUACGAGGAGCUGCGAAAGGCGCUUGUGUCGGUAUGGCUCCAGUGUCCGUCCAUCACGCGCAUCUACACAGUGGGGGAGAGCUUCGAAGGCCGAGAGCUGCUGGUGUUGGAGAUGUCUGACAACCCUGGGACGCACGAGCCUGGUGAGCCGGAGUUUAAAUACAUUGGCAACAUGCAUGGCAAUGAGGCAGUAGGACGGGAACUCAUUGUCUACCUGGCACAGUACCUCUGUAACCAGUACCAACAGGGAAAUGAGUCGAUCAUCGAGCUGAUCCACACCACACGUAUUCACCUGAUGCCGUCAAUGAACCCUGACGGCUUUGAGAAGGCUGCCUCUCAGUCAGGGGAGCUGAAGGACUGGUUUGUAGGUCGCAGUAACGCCCAGGGCAUCGACCUGAACAGGAACUUCCCUGACCUUGACCGUAUCGUCUAUGGCAACGAGAAAGAGGGUGGAGCCAAUCACCACCUGCUAAACAACAUGAAGAAGGCUGUGGAUGAAAAUCCCAAGCUAGCCCCAGAGACCAAGGCUGUGAUUGGCUGGAUCAUGGACAUCCCUUUCGUCCUGUCAGCUAAUCUGCAUGGAGGAGAUGUGGUAGCCAACUACCCCUAUGAUGAGACUCGCAGUGGCUCCACCCAUGAGUACAGUGCGAGUCCUGAUGACGUGACCUUUAAGUCCCUGGCGAAAGCCUACUCCCAGUUCAACCCUGUGAUGUCCGACGCGCAGCGCGCCCCCUGUAGGAAGAAUGAUGAUGACACAAGUUUCACUGACGGCAUCACUAAUGGAGGGGCCUGGUACAGCGUGCCCGGAGGCAUGCAGGAUUUUAACUACCUCAGCAGCAACUGUUUUGAGAUAACUCUGGAGUUGAGCUGUGACAAGUUUCCCCCUGAAGACACCUUGAAGACUUACUGGGAAGAGAACCGGAACUCCCUGGUCAACUACAUAGAUCAGGUGCAUCGUGGUGUAAAGGGUUUUGUGCGUGACCUUCAAGGCGGAGCCAUCUUUAAUGCCUCCAUCUCAGUUGAGGGCAUUGAUCAUGACAUCACUACAGCUAAGGACGGGGACUACUGGCGUCUCCUGGCGGCUGGGAAUUACAAGGUGUCUGCUUCCGCUCCUGGUUACCUGACUGUUGUCAAGAAGGUGGCUGUACCCUAUAGCCCUGCUGUCAGGGUGGACUUUGAGCUGGAGUCCUUGGUGGAGAGGAAGGAGGAGGAGAAGGAGGAGUUAAUGGACUGGUGGAAGAUGAUGUCAGAGACACUCAACUUCUGAAGACUGAUCGGUCCAUGAGGCCACUGGCACAUCCAUGAUUGGUUGACGGGUUGAUUGGCUCUUGUGUCCAGAAAUGGGUGUAAUUCCUGCCCACAUACAUUUUAUUCAUUUUAUUUGUCUGUCUUUAAUCUGCUUUAAUGGUUCUUGUCAUGGGUUACCCCAUUCUCUACCUGGAGAUACACAACCAUCUCCAGGAGGUUUGUGAUUGGUGAAGGGCAGCGGCAUCAUUGUUUGUCACUUCCUGUUGUGUUCUUUAUCGUCAUGUCCCCAGUAACCACAGUAACAGACAUCUCAAUAGCCAAUGACUAAGUAUUUAAUUAUGUAAAUUGAGACGAUGAAUAUUCACUCGUCAAAAUAACGUUUUAUGUUCUUAUUGUUUCUUUUACUUCUUGCUCUAACACACACACAUAAACAACGCACAAACACACACACACACACACACUACUUUUACACACUAGUUACUCUCACAUUUAUAAUCAGAAAACACAGAGGCUUGUAUCAUGUACAUUCUAUGCUGUAAAAAAAUUUAUUAACUGAAUGCAUCACAAACUGCAUUUUAUCACUAGAAUAAUGAUAUGAUAUCAUAUAUAUCUAUAUAUAUUUACUGUCCUUAUAAAUUAUACUUAGGUGGGUAAAGGGUGAGUGUGGGUUUUCUAAAUAACACAGACCAAGUCCACAUACCUGCAUAUCUCUCCCUUCUCGGUAGGAAUACCUUGCUGGAGCCCAUCUGUCAACCUUCCCUGAUGAUUGAUGGUUUGAGGAAUGUAAAGUUGUUGCAGUUGUAAUAACCUGUUAAUGAUGAAUAAUAAAACACCAAAUCAUGUU